AUGCCAAGAUCUUUUCUGGUCAAAAAGGUUAAGCUCGAUGAUUUUUCAUCUGCUGAUCUGGAUAACCAUUAUGGUAGAGUGAGGUCCGACCUCAGCCUCCGCUUUCAUGAAAAAGGGUACAUCAGUGACUACAUGACCCCGUCUGUCUAUGACGGUGAAAGUGACAAUGGCAUUAAAGUCCCCUCUCCCAGCCCCAUCUAUGAUGGCAUCCACAGCGACGGCAUCCACAGCGACUACGGAGCACCGGACUCGGACCAGCCUGACAGUCCCCAGUCCGAGAUCUCCUCCGGGUACAUCAACGGGGACACCGCCGUAAGCGAGGGCUACACCGUAGACGCCUUCUUCAUCACGGACGGAAGGUCGAGGAGAAAAGCCAUCAGCAGCCCCAGGACCAUACAGCGUCACACGUGCAACGAGUGCGGAAAAACGUACGCCACGUCCUCCAACUUGAGCCGGCACAAGCAGACCCACCGUAGCCUAGAGAGCAAGAUGGCCAAGAAGUGCCCGACCUGUGGGAAGGUGUACGUGUCAAUGCCCGCCAUGGCCAUGCAUCUGCUCACCCACGACCUCAAGCACAAGUGUGAUAUAUGUAGCAAGGCCUUCAGUAGACCUUGGCUGCUGCAGGGACACAUGCGGUCACACACCGGCGAGAAGCCCUUUGGAUGCGCACACUGCGGAAAGGCGUUCGCCGACCGCUCCAACCUCCGCGCUCACAUGCAGACGCACUCUGCUUUCAAGCACUACAAGUGCAAGAGAUGCGACAAGACCUUUGCUUUAAAGUCCUACCUGAACAAGCACUACGAGUCCGCCUGCUUUAAGGGAGAGUUCUCACCUAUAAGCUCCAUUGACGACUGA